UUGCGGUUUCCAGAAGAGAGGAGAGGAGAAAUGAAGGCUACCGUGAGUUCUUGCUUUUCUUCUAUUUCCAUCAUCCCUCCCUCGUCUCUAGUCCACGACCCUCACUCUCCAUUCCCUCCAGUCCGUCUUCGUCCAAUUCCUGCUUUUACUCUCAGAACGCACUCCACUACUUCUUUCAGACUCGUCAGAGUUCUCCAACGAGGAGUUGGAGUCGUGUCUCCCGACGACCUGUCUCCACCGGAGCCCGUGAUUGAUGUGAAAGAGGAAGAGGUGUUUGCAGUGGUUGAUGGAGUCGCAGGAACCAAAGCCGAAGAGAAAACCCUAAAGGCCCCCACUAGAGUUAAGAAGAAGGGAGGUGAAGGAGAGAGUGAUGAUAAUAGGUUCAAGCUGCGUAACGGAAGAGAGGUUUUUGAGGAAAAAGCAUACCUUGUUGCUGUUGAGCUCAAAGGUGACAUGGAGUAUUCCUUCAGCAUAGAAGAAUCACUUAAGGAACUGGCCCAGUUAGCUGACACUGCUGGACUUAUGGUUGUUGGUUCUACAUCUCAAAAACUUAGUACUCCAAAUCGAAGGACAUAUAUUGGAUCUGGCAAGGUUGCAGAAAUUAAGAGUGCAAUCCAUGCACUGGAUGUUGAGACCGUAAUAUUUGAUGAUGAGCUUUCAGCAGGGCAAUUGCGUAAUUUGGAAAAGGCUUUUGGUGGAGAUGUUAGAGUCUGUGACCGCACUGCCCUCAUCCUUGAUAUCUUUAACCAGCGAGCAGCAACACAUGAAGCAGCUUUACAGGUUGCAUUGGCACAAAUGGAAUAUCAGUUGCCACGUCUCACGAAGAUGUGGACUCACCUUGAGCGUCAAGCAGGAGGCAAGGUGAAAGGAAUGGGUGAGAAACAAAUUGAAGUGGAUAAGCGUAUCUUACGCACUCAAAUUGGUGCUCUUAAAAAAGAGCUAGAAUCAGUUCGGCAACAUCGGAAGCAGUAUAGAAACCGGCGUUUCUCUGUGCCCGUUCCUGUUGUAUCUUUGGUUGGGUACACAAAUGCUGGAAAGAGUACACUCCUAAAUAGAUUAACUGGGUCUAAUGUUCUUGCUGAGGAUCGGUUAUUUGCAACACUUGAUCCAACUACAAGAAGGGUGCAGAUGAAGAAUGGUAGGGAAUUUCUUCUCACAGAUACAGUUGGAUUCAUCCAAAAGUUACCAACUAUGCUGGUUGCGGCCUUCAGAGCAACAUUGGAGGAGAUAUCAGAAUCAUCACUUUUGGUGCAUGUGGUGGACAUUAGCCAUCCACUAGCAGAGCAGCAGAUAGAUGCUGUGGACAAAGUUCUGUCAGAAUUAGACGUGUUGUCAAUUCCAAGAUUGAUGGUCUGGAACAAGGUUGAUAAAGCUAGCAAUCCUCAAAAAAUCAAAUUGGAAGCAGAGAAAAGAGAAGAUGUUGUCUGCAUAUCUGCUUUAAAUGGUGAUGGAUUGAAUGAAUUCUGCAAUGCAGUUCAGGAAAAAUUGAAGGAUUCUAUGGUUUGGGUGGAAGCUUUGGUCCCAUUUGACAAAGGGGAACUCCUCAGUACCAUUCAUCAGGUUGGAAUGGUGGAGAGAACUGAAUAUACAGAAAACGGGACAUUGGUCAAGGCACAUGUUCCCCUUCGGUUCGCAAGGCUACUCACCCCCAUGAGGCAACUCUCUAAAUCAUGACCCAAUUCUUCUUAGAUAACCACUUAAUGCUCUAAGUUUGUGGCAUAACUCAUCAUCAUCAUCUGAGACAUUUUUGUAUUGUUCGGAAAAAGAGAUUCUGAUCCCUGUGCUAUCGAGCUGUCCUUGUAUUAUCCUUCUGGCCAAUGAAAGGCUUGUGUAUAUAGCAUAUACCCAGCUCAUAGUGUUCCCUUGGUAUAACAAAUCUGAAAAAAAAUGCGAACAAAUGACUUGAUGUACUUAAACUGUUUGUAACAACAUACAAGUAUGGUUAUAAAGCUGCCAAUAACGCUGUCUUGGCCCUCUGGUUUUAUGUAAA